CACAGUAACACACAGUGACUCUCAGUGACACAGUAACACAGUAACACAGUUACACACAGCAGCGCCACCCCAGCUCCCCCCUGUGAUACAGUCUGUAGGCAGAUGCGCCAAUUCCAUCCUUAAGGACGGACCACCCAUGGGAAACACAAAGAGCAAAUCGCCAGUUCCGGAUCGAAUUGAUGGGGUCCAACUACACAGCACCGUAGGCUCACCCUACAGGCCCGGCACCGCUGAUCCAAAGAAAAAGAAGAAAACUGCUCCUAAAUUUAUUGAUGGGGAGAAGGUCGAUGUACUUAACUCAUGGGUGACCCGAAACAUCAGGAAGAAAGAGUGUGUGGCCUUUAUCCCUCCGGCCCCCGAGGCCCCCGGUGACAGGGACACAUGUGGCUGCGGACACACAAGGCGGACACACUUUGCAGCCCAAGUAUCUGCUCCAUUGGAACCUGGAACCGUGUGGGACCCCCAUAAACACGUCCGAGAGUUUCCCUCAGAUGCCCACGGAGACCUGACAUUCACAGGCACAACCAGGACUUGGGCAAAGUAUGUUCGUGCCUCCAAUGAUACCCCCCCUCGAUCGCUCUUUGACCUGAUGACCCAACAGUGGGACCUGCGCGUCCCUAACCUCCUCAUUUCUGUCACCGGAGGAGCCAAGAACUUCAACAUCAGCCCCAGACUCAAAACCGAAUUCAGCCGGGGGCUGGUCACAGCGGCACAGAGUACUGGCGCCUGGAUCAUCACAGGAGGGUCCCACGCGGGGGUCAUGAAGCACGUGGGAGAGGCUGUGCGGGACUUUAGCGGUGGGCAACACGAGACUGAGAUUGUGCUGAUUGGCAUUGCCACCUGGGGCAUCGUGCACAACAGGGAGUCCCUGAUCAGUGAGGCGGGAGGAGCCCCCGCUGUCUAUCCCAUGGAUGAGGGGUCGCAGGGGGCGCUGUGCUGCCUGGACAAUAACCACACGCAUUUCAUUCUGGUCGAUAAUGGAACAUAUGGGAAAUAUGGCGUUGAGAUCCCACUGAGAACCAAACUGGAGAAAUUCAUCUCUGAGCAAACGAUGGAGAAUGCAGGAACAGCCAUAAAGAUCCCCAUAGUGUGUGUGGUUCUGGAAGGGGGGCCCGGGACCCUGGAUACCAUCUACAAUUCCAUGUGCAACAACACUCCCUGUGUCAUAGUGGAGGGCUCUGGGCGCGUGGCUGACAUCAUUGCCCAAGUGGCCAAUCUGAGUAUUUCCCAAAUCACCAUCUCUGUGGUCAAGGAGAAGCUGCAGAACCUGUUCCAGGACACGUUUGAAAGCUUCACUGAGGCCCAGAUCAUCAUGUGGACUAAAAAGAUUCAGGACAUUGUUCGUAUGGGCUCUCUCCUCACAAUUCUCCGGGAAGACAAAACUGAAGAACAGGGGAUGGACGUGGCGAUACUUCAGGCUUUGCUGAAAGCUUCUCGGAGCACCGACUACUCUGGGCAGGAGAACUGGGACCAUCAGCUGAAACUGGCAGUUGCCUGGAACCGGGCGGAUAUAGCCGAGAGCCAGAUAUUCACUGAAGACUGGAUGUGGAAGCCUUCGGACCUGUAUCCAUCUCUGAUGGUCUCGCUAAUUGAUGAUAAACCUUCGUUUCUUCGCCUGUUUCUGGAACGCGGUGUGAGUCUGUCUGAGUUCAUAACGUGGGAUAUGUUAACGGAAUUAUAUAACAACACCGAGCCUUCAAGUCUGAUACACAGCAAAUUGGAGCGACAGGCGAUGUUGGACGAGUCAACAGAAAUGAAUGGCGGCCUGAAGAUUCAGCUCCAUCAUGUGUCCCAUGUUCUGCAGGAGCUUCUCGGGGGACUGACUGAGUCGCUUUAUCUAGAUAGGAGGUCUCAUCGCACACGGACUUUGCCCUACAUCAACAUUAAGAUCUCAGGAAAAGUGUCAUCUAUGAGGUCAGAAUGUGAUUCUACCGUGAAACUGGAGCACCCUGUCCGGGAUCUGCUGAUCUGGUGUAUUGUGCAGAACCGAGCCGAGCUGGCAGAGAUCAUAUGGUGUCAGUCACAGGACUGUAUGGUUAGUGCCCUGGCCUGCAGUAAAAUGCUGAAGGCUCUCUCGAAGGAGGAAGACGACACGGAGAGCAUGGAGAGCAUGAAAGUGUUGGCGAAUGUUUAUGAGGAAAGAGCAGCUGGAGUCUUUUCUGAGUGUUACGCCAGCGAUGAGAGUCGGGCCGAACAACUUCUGAUUCGUGUCUCUUCCAAAUGGGGAAAAACAACCUCCUUGGACCUCGCUCAGGAAUCUCAGGGGCAGCUCUUCAUGUCCCAAAGUGGGGUACAGAUGUUCCUCACUAAGACCUGGUUUGGGAGGCUCUCAGUGGACAAUGGGCUACUGGCCAUCCUGCUUUGUAUGUUGCUCUUCCCACUCAUCUACACCGACCUCAUUAUGUACCGGAAGGAAUCUGUGGCCCCUCGGAGCAGUCGCGGGCAGGACAAACGCUCUGCGGCCAGAAGCUCCCGGGCACGUAACUGUCUCUGGAAGUUCUUUGAUUUCUUCAGUGCCCCCAUCGUGAAGUUCUACUAUAAUGUGGUCUCCUACAUCGGCUUCCUUUGGCUCUUCGCUUACGUCCUGAUGAUGGAUUUCCAGACUUACCCUUCAUGGACAGAAUAUCUGCUGUAUGUUUGGGUUUUCUCCAUCCUUUGUGAGGAGCUUCGCCAGUUGCUGUACGACCCGGACAGGCUGGGAUUCGUAGUCAAAUCGAUGCAGUACAUAUCCGAGUUCUGGAACCAGGUCGAUACAUUGGCGCUCUCGUUAUUUGCAGUCGGGCUCAUUUGUAGGUUGGCAAGCUUGAAUACAGUAUACCUAGGCCGUGUUUUUCUGUCCGUGGAUUACAUGAUAUUCUGUAUUCGCCUUAUGAACAUUUUCACAGUCAGCAAAGUUCUCGGUCCCAAGAUCAUAAUGCUUCGUCGCAUGAUAAUGGAUUUGUUUUUCUUCCUGUUCCUACUGGCUAUUUGGAUCGUAUCAUUUGGAGUUGCAAAGCAGGCAAUACUGACAAGCAAUGAGACCAGGUUAGAUUGGAUCUUCAGGAAUGUGAUCUAUGGGCCGUAUCUGAUUCUCUUUGGGCAGAUUCCUUCUGAGGUCGAUGGCCUGAACUUUGAUCCAACAAAAUGCAGUCAGAGCGGCACGGACCCCACCCUGCCCAAAUGCGUGUACAAUGAUGGUUCCGGAAAAACUCUCUUCCCUGAGUGGCUGACGAUCCUUCUGUUGUGCAUUUACCUGCUGAUGGCCAACAUCCUUCUGCUGAAUCUUCUGAUUGCUAUGUUCAGUAACACGUUUGGAGACGUAGAAAGCCACACGGAUCAGAUCUGGAAGUUCUACCGCUUUGGGCUGAUAAAGGAAUAUAAUGAGCGCCCCGUGGCUCCGCCUCCCUUCAUUCUGCUGAGUCACCUCUAUUUCCUUCUCAAGUACGGGCUGAGCAAGCGCUCCACCCUGAGCCACCAAGCCAUGAGAUCUGUAAUGGAUGAAGCUGGAGAAUCGUCUCUGCUCUCCUGGGAAUUGUACAUGAGGGAUAAUUAUCUGCAUAACCAGCAGCUCGUGGACUCACAGAGUCAGGAGAACGUGGUCAAGAACACGGCCCAGAGUGUAUCGGCGGUGCUCAAUCUGCUCAAUAUGAGGAAAGACGGUGAGGGGCAGCAGUUGGAGACGAGGCUCAUUUUACUGGAAGAGGAGGUAUUGAAAUCCUCAGAGCAGCUCCAGUGGAUCAUCUCAGCCCUCGGUGAGAAAGGAUUUACUGGUCGAGCCCAGAGACUUGUUCACAGCAGCUCCCAGGACUCGGGGGACAGCGCCACCCAUGGGUUGGAUCCUUCAACGGAAAGAAAGUCCAUUUAUCAUGUGAAUAGCAGAACCCUGCAGUACCCCGACUCCCCGGUGAGCCGUUACCCAGUCCCGGAUGAAAUGGUGCCUUGGGAGGUUCCAUUCCCGGGCUAUGAGCCCCCCUUCUACACUGCAGAGCGGGGCGACCGCGGGGCCUACGAUCCCCAUUCCGAGAUGUCACAGACCAAUAGGAAAUACAAUGCCGUAGAUGGGGCGCUGGAUUUGCGAAGCUCCUGUGGUACAUAUGCUGUACAGGACGGGUUCCCACUGAACCCAAUGGGUCGAACAGGUUUGAGAGGUGUUGGGAGUCUUCGUUGGUUUGGGCCAAAUCAUUCUCUGCACCUGGUAAUAACGCGGUGGAAUACACGGGCCAAUGGCUCCGCAGACAAAAAGCUUCCUCGGAAGAUGCUGGAGGUGUUGGUUGUGAAAGAAAAGAAAAACGAACUGUGGGCGCUGCCAGGGGGGACCCUGAGCCCGGGAGAAGAGAUCCCUUCCAAACUCCAAUCUAUUCUCAGUCAGACGUAUGGAGAGCGAUUCUCAGAGCUGCUCCGAGGGGGGAGAGAGGUGUUCCGGGGAUAUCUAGAUGACCCGAGGAACACAGACAAUUCCUGGAUUGAAACACUGGCUGUGAAUAUUCAUCUGGACACGGAGGAAACACUCAGUCAAUUCCUACAGAAUCUGAACCAAUCCAGCCCGGAGGUUUCUCUUCGCUGGCAGAUCCUGGAUCACAAGAUCCCAAUCUACGCUAAUGAGAAGGAAAUCUUACAGAGAACAGCGGAAGUGCACGGAACACAUUACUGAGCCCAUUCCCUGUAUUGGGGCCCCGGGCUGAGCACAAAUCAUAUCCGGGCCAGAGAACAUUCCGUGAGGGGCCACAAUUGACACGGAAUAACAGACAAUGUUCCCUGUAACUCGGAUCAAUGGAUCUUUCUGUGAAUGAGAAU